GUACGAGCACGGCAAAGCUUUCUGAGCUUGGCUUUGGGGGCGAAUUCUUAUCGCCACACUUUCUGGUUUACAGUUGCCAGAUAAACUCUCCAUGUUUCGGCGAGGGGGCGACGAUAAACUAGCCGCCAAAUCGUGACAAAUGGCAAAUAAUUUCGCGUUGUAACAUCUCCGACCGAUCGCCAGGCACUCGCAGUUGCACCGCCGACGAAAUGCCAAUCAGUCGCUCCAUAACUCGGGCUACGCUUGGUUUAAGUUCUGUUCCAAAUACUCAAUUAGUGUUUCGUAUAUAUGUUUGACUAAGUGUUUUAAUUUUCGGCACCAUGAGCAGCCAGUCGUGGACGCUGCCCCGCCUCUCGCAGUCGAGUGUGUCCACCCACGGCCUCCUGGGAUCCGUGCGCUUGACCUAUGCGAUAUGCGCCUUCCUGUCCACUUGUCUCCAUGCCGCCAUGCGCAACAUGCUGGGCAUGAUCAUCCUCAAAAUGGUCAUGCCGCGGGCGGAGGAUGAACUGGAUGUUCCGCCAGAGGUGGCCCAACUGACUGAUGUCAAUGCCACUUUUACGGGGCGUUGCGGAUCUGCUCGGACAGUACAAAACCCAUUGAUCCAAGUGACUCAGGCAGGAGACCUACCAUGGACCCGCAACCAGGAGCUGACUUUUCCGGGCGUAUACUACUAUGGCUACGUGGUUUCCAUCUCGUUGUCCGGCUAUCUGGCAGAUCGAUGUAGCAGCAAGGUGUUGUUCAUCGUGUCACUGAUCUUCGAGGCUGUGGCCUACAUCCUGCUCCCAGUGAUGGCCCACUUAAGUUUCGAGACGGCGGUUGUUGAUCUGGUCAUUUCCGGCUUGCUAUCGGGCUGUGGAAACCCUGCGAUGUACAAACUCUUUGUCACCUGGGCUCAUCCCACAGAGCGAACGGCGCUCCUGUCCUUCGCCUAUAGUGGUAUUCUAAUGGGAUCCAUGUUGGUUUACCCGGUGGCCAGUUACCUGAGCAACUUUGGCUGGGAGCUACCCUUCUACGUCGUCGGUGGGGUUACGCUCUCCUUUGGGAUCGCCUGUUGCUUUCUCAUAUACGACACUAUAGAGGAGCAUCCAAGGAUUUCGGACUUAGAGGUGGAUUACUUGAUGCAAAGAAGGAGCCAUUUAGUGCAGGAACAGAAGGUUCUCAGGGUUCCCUGGAAGAAGCUGUUAAUGGCUCCUCCCGCAUAUGCCUUCGUCCUGACCCACAUGUUCCACACGUACACCUUUCUGAUUUUAAGUCUUCUGAUGCCGCGAUUUAUGCGCGAGGCCAUGGAAUUCGACCUGCGGGAGGUGGGCUUCCUCUCGGCUGCUCCAUAUCUGGGCGGGAUCUGUUCGAAAGCGGUGUGCAUCCUGGGUGGCAGCUACGUGGAACGAAGAGUGGGUCCUGAUCAGAACUGUGUGCGAAAAAUGCUGUACGGAAUCUGCAGUAUUCUGACAUCGUGUUUCAUUUGGAUCAUCAUCCUGGCUGAUUGUGAGGCCAAAAUACUGGUCCUGGUGAUGUUUGCUUUCUUGAUGGCCUCGUCGGACAUGGGUUUCAGUGGCUACUGGCCCACGCUGCUCUACUUUGCGCCCUCCUUCGCGGGCUUACUUUCAGGAUUGGCCAAUGGAAUGGCCCAUCUGUCCGGGUUCCUGGCCCCUCAUCUGGUCGCCGCCUUGGUGCACACUGGCAGCAAAGAGGAGUGGAAUACGGUGCUGAUCACGCUGAUUGCCUUUAACUCAAUGGCCAUGUUGGUAUUUGGAUUCUGCAGUACUACCAACCUGCAGCCCUGGGAUCCUCGCAGCGAAAAAGAGAAAACAAGAUCUCCACAAGCGAAUGAAAUCAAUAGUUAACUUGUAUUAUAAAUAUAUAGUUAAAAGGA